AUGAAAUUUUGCAACUGUCGGCGGACUCUCGAUUACAAUCAGGGCCUCUUAAUAAGCCCCAAUGUUAUCACCCGUAAGAGUUUAUUACGUUUAGGGCAAAAAGUUAUUAUAUCUAAGACGUUAUUACAUUUAGGGUCGUUUAUUACAUUUUGGCCUUCUUGGGAAUGCAUAGAUGGACUGGACUAUAAACAAUUUAAAUACGGUACUUGUUGAUGCAUCUAAUACUUGUUAUAUAAACAAUAAAAAGCAAAAUUUGGUAUUUUAAAAACAUGCAAACUACACGCUCAGAUUUCUAACACACAAAGCUGGAUCCUGGAUCAAUGUCAUAUUUCAACCAUCAGUACAGUACUGCAUACAAACAACUUAGUUUUAUCGUUGUCGGGAAUCGCUUCCGUAUUCAUAGAAAUCCACGACAAUUCACUUGAUUUAGCUUUAUUCACAAUAACGAAUCCCAAAGUCAGAGUUUUCGCAACUCACUCACUCACUCACAGAUAUUUUCGGCACAACUUGGUUUGGAUAGCGCGAUCUUCUCCCCUCGACUCCUUACAAUACACAUGAAACCUAACCCAUAUUAUUAUAAAGUGAUUGACAUAUAGAGGAUAUUACAUGCCCGCGCCUGGAUACGAAUUAUAUCUUCGAGUGUAAGUCAGUGGAAGGUGAUUCAGUAUGAAAUGAAAGGGGCUUUUGCAACAUCAGGUUUGUGCUAGUUGCGUGAAUACCGACUUCUGAUUGGAUAAAAUUACGUGUUAGUUACGCCAUACUCGAGAGUUACGUGACUUGUUACAAACACAAUUGCCUUGGUCUGUUAAAACGCGAAACAUGUACAGAUCUUGUGGCAAAAGGUAGAGGAACUCUCUUCUUUCUACAACAACUUUUCGGAAACUGUUUACCCGUUUAACGGUAGCUUAACGUAUUUAUAUGUACGGAGCACUGAAUCUUGUCCUGAUAAUCAAGUUGCUGUUGGUACGUGGUGGAGGAGUAGCAGGUCUUGCUGCUACAGCAUCACUGUCUGAAGCUGGGUUCGAUGGUGUACUUUUGAAGGCCCCUGAUUAUUUUGGCGGCAGAGUAAAACAAGUACAGCCUUUUAAGGGUUUUUGCACCAGUUGA